AUCAUUGUUUGGGAAUGGAGUAUUUUAUAAGAAAAUAACAAACAAUUAGAUUAAAAAGAACAAAACACUCCGGGAUGGAAGGGUGCUACCGGCGCAAAUGAAGAGUGGGUUUGGACAGUACCAACAACCCUACAUAUACAGCAGAAUGCAGGAAAAUGGGAGGCCGUUUGGAGAAGCUGCUCUGAUCCGCCCCCGCCCUGCUUUCUAUAAGAUCCGACGCAAGCCCAAUCCCACUGUUGCUUGCCUCCCCUAAAUCUAUCGCCUGAGAAUUUGCGCAGGCGUUCUCUAUCGUUCUCCCUUUGCCUGAAGAACUCGAACUAGUGCCGCUGACUCUGAAGGUAACAAACCAACCUAGGUGUGGCUGGAAACUUAAUUUGACCCAAAACAUGAAACACUUGCAGUGGUUUUACUUGUGCUCUUUGAUCGCCAUACUCAAUUGUCCACCAUCCACUCGAGGAAAACCAAAGAAAGUAUUUUGUAUGCUGGCAAGGAACUGCUUGAGGAAAUGUUGCCAUUACAGAAUGGUGAUUGUAUCUACCAAUUGAGAGAAUUGAAACCGCAUACGUGGUAUGAAGUGAAGAUAUCGUACCCUGCUUCUAUACCGGCCAGCUUCUCUUUGCAACUAAUAAAAGGAGCUUCCGGCUUGGGGCUAAAUCAAGGAAGGAAAUUGUUAAAUACUGAAAAGUUAAUUUUCAAGACUGUCAAUGACCAGGUCGGAAUGUCUGUACUUGUGAAUGUGAAACCUGAAGGCAUCGUUGCUAUACCGGGGAAACAAGAAAGAGAAUAUGUCGUCUUUAAUAUAGUUUGCGACGAGCUGUUUCUUGGGAUUCCGCACAAGGCUUGGUAUGUUGUGGGUCUAUUACUGGCAUGUUUGGUGCUGGCGUUUGUCAUCCCAUCUUUUCUUCCCCCGCUUUUCCUGCCCAAAAAUGGAAAUCCUUUGACAGCUUCAAAGGAGUCGUAGCUGAGUUUGCUGGCAAUCGAGUAUGUGCUCUUUCUUGACUCUUCAGAUAAAUACAUCCAAUUUUGUUCUCAUGUCCAUCUCUUUGUAAUAUGUGGUUUUCGAACCUUUCGACCAUCUAGCCUCAAACACUCUUUCGCGCUCUUUGAAGACUUAAAAAAUGACAUUGUUGUUUCUCUUUUGCGAUUAGAGCACUUGCCAGUAGAACAGGAAGAAAGGAGUAUUCACUUUGUGAAUGAAUCUAAACAAAUGUCUAUCAUAACUUGAUGUGACUCCAUAGUUGUUAUUAGAAUUGAUUUCUUGACCUUGUACCAUGUUGGCUAACAGGGAAUCAUGACAUGAUAGUUAAACUAGCUGAAGAAAAACUAGUGUUUAUAUUUUAUUUCUUUAUUCAUCAAAUAUUUUUAUAAUUUUUCUUUGUAUGACUCGGUAAAUUUUUAUUAAAAGAAUACAUUUAUAAUUUAUAAAAUUAUCUUAGGAGGAGCCCUC